AUGCGGCUGAACAAGAGUGGACGUAGCCUGUCGACUUCUUGGCUCUGGCGCACACAAUGCUCACCUGCUCGCAAGCAGCUGGCGCAUCUACAUGCAGGAUGCAUUGUUUGUGCAAAAAAGCGCAGGGGUGGUAAUAAGAACAAAGAUGCAAAUCCGUACCAGGACACACUGCGUCUUCCUCAGACGUCGUUUGGAUUGCGCGCAUUUGCCAAAGACCGGGAGCCUCUUUUUCGUUUGGCCACAACGACCAAUUUGUAUCGGUGGCAGCGGGAACACUUGCGUCCGCAGGCUGAUGAACGUGAUUUUGUCCUGCAUGACGGCCCUCCGUAUGCGAAUGGCCACUUACAUAUGGCAGGACACGCACUCAACAAAAUCAUCAAAGAUAUAAUCUUACGCUUCCAGGUCUUGCAAGGUCGACGCGUGCACUAUAUGCCCGGCUGGGAUUGCCACGGUCUUCCUAUAGAGAUCAAGGCGGUGGCUGAACAGGGUGGCACCCCCGCAUCGGAGUUGAAAGCAACCGAUAUUCGGAAUGCAGCGCGGCGCGUGGCUCUGCGCGAAAUUGACCAGCAACGUGUCGAAUUCCAGCAGUUUGGCAUCAUGACUGACUGGAGUGAUGAAAAUACCUAUCGCACCCUGCACUUUUCCUAUGAACUGGAGCAAUUGCGCCUCUUUGCACAGUGUGUGGGACGUGGUCUUAUCUACGAACAGUUCAGGCCCGUGUACUGGUCGCCAUCUACCCACACGGCACUGGCUGAGGCAGAAAUCGAGUACGAUGACAAACAUGUGAGCCGGAGCACAUACCUUCGCUUUCGGCUACAUCCUAGUACAGCAUUGGCACCUGUCCUUUCUGGUGUGCAAGAGCCGAUGUACUUGGCGGUGUGGACAACUACGCCUUGGUCUCUGUUGGGCAACAUGGCUUUAGCGGUGAACGCCAAUGCCAUGUACUCGAUUGUAAGACGCAAGGAGUCCGGCGAGCUGCUUGUCGUUGCAUCUGAUUUGGUUGCUUCACUUGCGACUGUGCCACUAAGCGGCGGCGCUAUCGGUGAGCAACGCCAUGGUUCUGCUGGGACGCUCGGUCCUUUUGAACAUGUAACUGUCGUCCGUGGCUCACAGUUGGUCGGCUCGAUGUAUGAGUGUGCCUGGAUGAUGCCUGGUGAACAGCGGUUCGUGAUGGAUGCGCCAUUUGUCACCACGGACGCUGGUACAGGUAUUGUGCACAUGGCUCCGGCGCAUGGCCAAGAAGACUAUGAGCUAUGGCGCGACGCAGGCCGGCUGCGUACUCAUGGCAUCAUGUCGCCUGUGGACGACUACGGUCGGUUCGUCGUGAACAACGCGUGGGGUUUGUCAGAUAUCAUUCGGACGGACUUGAAGCAGCUGCACGGGCUCGACGCCUUGUCUUGUGGCACACAGCGUAUUCUAGAGUUCCUGUCGAGACACCAUGUUCUUCUGAGUGAGCAGCCGUAUACGCACAGCUAUCCCAUCGACUGGCGCACGAAACAACCGAUCCUCACACGAGCAACGGCGCAGUGGUUUGCAGAUCUGCGACAGAGUCAAGCUGCUGCUCUUGCUGCCUUGCAGUCUGUCCACUUUACACCUGCCUCUGGGCGUCAGCGGCUCACGAGUCUCGUGUCGCGUCGGUCGGAAUGGUGCAUAUCGAGACAGCGAGCAUGGGGUGUACCGAUUCCCGUCGUGUAUGAUGCAGACACGCACGAGCCGUUGAUCAAUGCGACCAAUGUUGAGCACAUCCUGCGCAUCAUGGCAGAGCAUGGCACGACCGACGUAUGGUGGACACUUGACGCCGACACGUUUGUCGCGCCUGCAUUCCGCGAGCCAGGGAAGUCGUUCUACAUCAAAGGCGAUACCCUUGACGUAUGGUUCGACAGUGGCUGUUCAUGGGCGAUUCUGCAGCGAGCACUGCAAGAGCCACUGUGUGCUUCGCAUGCAUGUGCUGAUGUGUAUGUGGAAGGUUCAGAUCAGCAUCGCGGCUGGUUCCAGUCGUCGUUGCUCACUCGCAUGUCGACAUGUGGCGCAGGCGCCGCAGCGCCGUUUGCCAAUCUAGUGACGCAUGGCUUCGUCGUUGAUGAGGCGGGGCGCAAAAUGUCCAAGUCACUGGGUAAUGUGAUUGCCCCAGCAGCCUUUGUGCAGGGCGACCCUGCUGCACCGACGGACUUUCCUCCCCUGGGUGCAGACGUGCUCCGAUGGUGGGCAGCAAAAACAGACUACACGAAGGACACGCCGAUCAGUGUGUUGAUAAUGAAACAUGUGACUGACGAGGUGCGGAAGCUCCGCAGCACCGCGCGAUUCAUACUCGCCAACCUGUCGGGAUAUGCACCUGGCUCACUUCCACCGUUUGACACAUCCAACGUAGCGGCCGGCAAGGGUCAUUUGCGCCUGAGUCUGCUCGACCGAUACGUGAUGCAUGAGCUACAUCGCUUGGAGACGACAUGCCGUGCUGCGUAUGAUCGGUAUGACUUUGCGUUUGUGACUCGCAGCCUGAUUGAAUUCGCCACAAAGACGCUCUCAUCGCUGUAUUUCGACGCUGUCAAAGACACCAUGUAUGCUGGUGCACGUGACGAUCAGCUGCCGAUCCUGGCUGUCAUGGACCAAGUCUUGCAAACCAUAUCAAGCAUUCUUGCACCUAUUUUGCCGCAUCUAGCAGAAGAUAUUCACUGGUACCGUGGUGGUGCUACGUCCGAUCCGACGCCAGAGCAAGCUGCGUGCAUGCCAUCCUUCUUCCAGCUGGGCUGGCACACCAUCGAAGAGCACUGGUGUGAUCCUGCGCUUGAACAGCGCAUGCAGCGGGUCCUACGAAUCCGCUCCGAGGUAUUUGCACUUGUCACGCGUUGCAAAGAUGAGCACCUCGUCAAAGGCCCUGCUGAGACAGUCGUGGCCUUAUAUGUACUUGAGGACUCACUGGGUGCUCUGCUGCACAAGCACAGAUCAGAGCUUGCAGAUCUAAUGCACGUCGCUCACGUGGAUGUAUAUACGGAGGAAGUCGCCUGGCAACGUUCUGCGCCUGCGCCAAGUGCGUGGCAUCGUACUUGCCGCGUGCCUGAUCUACAAGUGGAUGUGCGCGUAGAAGCAUCGCAACAGGCCAAGUGUCCUCGGUGUUGGAAAUAUCAGAGCCAGACCCCCGACACUUUGUGCGAGCGAUGCAUGGAUAUCAUUGGAUGA